AUGGCAGAAAAUCUUCCCGAAACGGUGUCGGUGUCGCUUCGUUCCCAACCUUCUCUUUCUCAUCCAUCUUCUUCAUCUUCCUCUUCGCAGAAAUCGCCACAAGAUCCACCUCAGCCUCAGGCUCCAGAACUUUCCAAUUUUUCGCAAUUUCCGGGUGGAUAUUAUCAAAUGUUUCCUGGUAUUCACCCUGCAUUGAUUCCAGGGUUGACUCAACCACAAAUUGAGGAACAUGCAAACCGUGGAGCUGGCAUAUAUGCUGUUCCUGUUAAUCCUUUUGACAGACAUGUUACCGGACUUCCAUACACCACUCUGAUUCCGUUGACAUACCGCACACCCACGCCCAGUUCUGAAGCUGCUGCUGCCGGUGAAAAUCAGGGGCAAACAGCACAGCAUCCUCAGCAGCAACAGGCUGCACCUCAGAGACAAGUUGUUGUUAGGAGAUUUCAAAUUGCAUUUCAAAUUGAUUUGCUACUGAUGUUGAAGCUGGCAGCUGUGAUCUUUUUGUUCAACCAAGAUGGAUCAAGGCAGAGGCUUGUUGUUCUUGUUUUAUUUGCUGUUCUUGUAUAUUUAUACCAAACUGGAGCUCUGACACCAAUUAUAAGAUGGCUUUCACAAAAUAUGCAAAGAGCUGCAGCACCUCCUCGUCCACCAAGACCUGCGGCCAGGGCUGACAAUGUACCUCCUGCAAGGUUGGAGGGCGACAAUGCUGCUCCAGCAGAGGGUCAACCUGAAGCUGCCGCUGGGAACCAGCCUGCUAAUGAAACUGACCGUGCAAUUGAGAAUGAGAACGGUGCAGAAGCUGACAGAGGCAAUGAUGGCAACCAGUGGUGGGGGAUUGUAAAGGAGAUCAAGAUGAUUGUUUUUGGAUUUAUCACUUCACUGCUCCCUGGGUUCCACAAUCAUAUGGAUUGA